AUGCACAUCAAGCAGGUGAUCGUGUGCGGCUUCCGCAGCUACAAGGACCAGGUGACGGUCGAGCCUUUCAGCAUGCAGCACAACGUCGUGAUUGGACGGAAUGGCACGGGCAAGUCCAAUUUCUUUGACGCCAUUCGCUUUGGCUUGCUCACGUCGCGCUUCGCCAACCUCCGUCCGGACGAGCGCCUGGCGCUUCUGCACGAGGGUUCGGGCAAGCACGUCAUGUCUGCGUACGUGGAAAUCGUGUUCGACAAUCGAGACGGUCGUCUGCCUGUGGACGAAGCCGAAGUGGCUCUGAGACGCACGAUCGGCGUGAAGAAGGACGAGUUCUUCUUGAACCGCAAGCACAUUACGAAGAGUGACGUGGUCCACUUGCUGGAGAGCGCCGGAUUCUCUCGGUCGAAUCCCUAUUACAUUGUGCAGCAGGGCAAGGUGAACGCCCUUGCGGUCAUGCGGGAACGGGAGCGACUUGAGCUGCUCAAGGAAGUGGCGGGCACGAAAGUGUACGAGGACCAGCGGCUCAAGUCGCUCAAGAUCUUGCAGGAGACGCAGACGCAGCGUGAGAAAAUCCAAGAGGUGGUCUCGUAUAUUGAAGAGCGAUUGUCCGAGCUGGACGAGGAGAAGGAAGAGCUCAAGGAGUACCAGCAGCUGGACCGAGAGCAACGUGCGCUUGAGUACACGAUGCAUGAAAAAGAGCUGCAGAACGUGCGUGCGGAGAUUGAGGUGCUCGACAGCGAGAGACAGAAAGAGAUUGCGCUGUCCACGGAGCUGCACGAGAAGCUCCUGCAUGUUCGAGCUGAGAUCAGUCGGACGGAAAGUGACUGUCGCACGAAAGAGCAGGAGCUUGCACAGCUUGGGAGUGAACGGGAUCAAAGGGAUGCCGAACGCACAGAACUGAUGAAAGCAAAAUGCAAGCUGGAGAUGGAGGUGAACGAUCUCAAAGAGCAGAUUAACACUGACGGCGUGCGGCGAUGCGCUGCAUCUAAGGAAGCUGAAGUCAUCAAACGCAAGAUUCAAGCGAAACAAGCACAGCUCAAUACUGAAGUUCUACCCGCACUUCAACAAGCAGAGAUAGCGCAUGACCAAGUCGCACGAAAACUUGAAGAGUGCAGAAUACAGUCCGAGCAUUUAAUCGCCAAACAGAGUCGAAAGAGUCGGUUUCAAGAUCAGCAACAGCGCGAUGACUACCUUCAGCGUGAGAUCGGCGAUAUUGAGGGCUUAGUACGCAGAAAAAAGUCAGACGUUGCGUCAUUACGAAGCUCCAUUGAGGGCUUGGCGCAGUCAAUCGAGGGAUCUGAGAGAACACUCGGACAACAUACAGAGGAGCUACAUGAGUAUCGUCGUCGGGUGGACACCGUCGGGGCAGAAAUGCUCCGUCUGAAAGGGCAACGCAAUGCUUUGAAUGAAGAACGCAAGGAAAAGUGGCGUGAGGAAAGUCGGAUAUCGUAUCGCGAACGCGAACUCGAGAAGAAGUUGAGGGAUGGUGAAGCUGCGUUGCAGAGUACAAUGGCGUACGGUGUUCGGCGUGGUCUGCAGGCAGUGCGGGAGAUGCAAGAUCGUAUUCGAGGAAUUUACGGACCUUUGAUCGACCUUGUGAAGCCUGUCGAAGAACGUUACUGUAUUGCUGCAGAUGAGGCUGCUGGAGGCGCUCUUUUCCACGUCGUUGUGGAUACAGAUGACACCGCUGCGCGAAUCAUGCAAGAACUGAACAAGAAGAAUCUGGGUCGGCUAACUUUUCUACCUCUCAACCGCUUAAAAGUGAAGGAUCAUUUCGACUACCCCCGUAAUGAUGACGUUGUUGCAUUGAUCGAGAAGCUGGAAUACCCAGCAGAGGUUCGCAAGGGUGUUAUGGCUGCUUUCGGAAAGAAGUUGCUAUGUCGAGACCUGGAAGCGUGCGGUCGGUAUGCGGAGCAGACAAACAUGGACUGCUUGACCCUGGACGGUGAUAUGGUCCACCGCCGUGGUGCCCUGAACGGUGGCUUCAAGGAUCCGCGACGAUCUCGAACCCGAGCGAUGAUGGAAGUGAAGCAGGCACAAGUGGAUCUUGAAAGCGUGGCGGAAAGAGCUCGAAGGGUGAAAGCAGAGGCGCAGCAAGCAGACCAGCGGGUUACUGGUGUGAUAAGUGAGAUCCAAAAGCUAGAGGCGGAAAAGCACCGUGCUGUGUCCGCCCACGAGCGCUUGUGCAACAAGAUAUCUCAGCGCAAGACCCAAAUUCAAACUCAGAAAGAAAAUCUUGUGCAGAGAGAGCGAAGCCGGGAGUUGCAAGAGCGAGAAAUGGAAGGUCUGAAUUCAAUGAUCAAGUCGCUCCGCGCCGAGCUUCUUGCCCCGAUGCAAGAUGCUUUGACAGCUGAAGAGCAACAAUUGCUGCACUCGUUGUUGGCCAAGAUCUCAUCGCUCGAGACAGAAGAGCGGGAACAAAGACAGCGUGUGGAUGACAUCCGCUCUCAGAAAGAAGGCAUAAAGACGGUUUUGGAAGAGAACUUGAUGAGGCGUGAAACGGAGCUGGCAAAACAGCUUGGUGAAGGAAUUGAAGAGCUGGCAGCCAGUGAGCGAGAAGAACAAGUGAAGGACAAGGAGAUUGACUUGAUUGACGCAUCUCGGUUAGUAGAUGACAACACAUCGUCGCUGAAAGACCUCGAGAGGAAGAUAGAAACGUUGCAGCAGGAAAUCACGUACGGAAAAGUGCAGGUGGAUGCGCUGCGCAAAGAGGACGGCUUGCUGAGUGACCACAUCCAGCAGGAGUCCCAGAAAACUGAGAAAGUUUUGAACAGGCGCCGUCGGCUGCUAAAAAGGCGUGACGAUGCGACCCGAGAUAUCCAGGAGCUAGGAACUUUGCCGACUGCUGAGCUUGAGAAGUUUAAAGUGCUACCAUAUGAGGACGUGAUCAAACAGUUUAAGCGCCGAACCGAGAAGCUGAAGAAGUACAGCCACGUGAACAAAAAGGCUUUGGACCAGUUCAUGAGCUUCAACGAGCAACGUGCGGCCUUGCUGGAGAGAAAGAAGGAGAUUGACGAGGCGUACGAUUCGAUCAAAGACUUGAUCGAUGUCUUGGACAAGCGAAAAGAUGAAGCCAUAUUUCGCACCUUUAAAGGAGUGGCCGGCUUUUUCUCGGAAGUGUUUCGAGAGCUGGUGCCGACGGGAGAAGGCAAGAUGAUUCUAGUCGGUGCGGAUACUAGCCAGAUCGAUCAAGUUGACGAUGGUGAUGCGGCACAGGAAUCGAACGUUGACACGUACUCUGGCGUUCAGGUCAAAGUAAACUUCCGUGGCGAGGGAGAUUCUUACUUGAUGCAGCAGCUUUCUGGUGGUCAAAAGGCGUUGGUGGCUCUCGCCUUUAUUUUUGCAAUUCAGCGGGUCGACCCAGCUCCAUUCUACUUGUUUGAUGAGAUUGACCAGGCGUUAGACUCCACUCACCGAGCUGCAGUUGCAGCCUUGAUUCACCGCCAGGCACACUCGAAGGACAACCCGGCUCAGUUCAUCACGUCGACAUUUCGCCCUGAGCUGGUGAACAUCGCUGACUCAUUCUAUGGUAUCGGCUACCAGAACAAAAUCAGCAAUGUUUACUCGAUGACGAAGGAGGAGUCUCUCGGUUUUAUCUCGAACAUCAUGGCUGAGGAAGAAGGCGUGGCGGGGCCGCAAUCAUGA